AUGGAAAACGAACCGAAAGAACUUUCCAUGGAGGAAAUAAGAAAAUUCAUGGUACUAAACAACUACAAGCUAACCAACCACAUGUUGGUGAAGCAUUUCCGUAGCUUUCUUACCAACAAAGAUACACAAGAUGAGGCCAGAAGACGGUUCAAGGAAUAUGUGAACAAAAUAGCAUCGGUAAAGCACGAGGGAAACGAAAAGUAUCUCGUUCUCCGGCGCAAGUAUUACAAUGGGAUACCGCUGGAAGAUUCGGUUGCUGAUUCACAGCCGAUGCGUCCGGCUUCCCGAUCUUACGGGUUGCUUCCAUCGGAUGGUGAAGCAUCGCCGAUGCGCCAACCACCCCCGUACCGUCCGCCUCCGAUCGUGUCUCCGGAUACGGUUUCGCAUCACAGCAGUCCCCGGGGCAGUAUCGCUUUAAAUCGGCGAAACAGCUCCGAUUACAUCCGCAGUGGUUCGGAAAUUAGCUUUGGCAGUGAGUUUGCAAGUGUUGACGGUAGAAAAGUGAACCCUUUGCUAGUGCGCAGUAAUAGCAACGACACCCGUCCACCUCCACCUUUGGACGGUGGCCGAAAGCUAAGCGUGGACAUGUUAGCGUACGAUGAAGGGGCACCUCCAGCGAUUCCUCCUAGAAAGAGGGUUAGCGAGUCUGGAAGUAGUGUUGCAUCGAAUUCACGCCAAAAUUCGGUGGAUGAAAAAUUAACAAGUUCGGUGGGCGAGUGUUUGAGUGAUAAUAAGGAAAAUGUGACCUCUGUUGCAAUGGAAGAGCAAGGCGCGGUUGCAUCGGAAGAGAACAAAUUGAGUGUGAAGGAGAAGAUGAUGAAAUUUAACCGAUUUGCUUCGGAAGAAGAGGCCAAAAUACCGUCUCCGAUUGGGAAAAAGAAACCAGAUAAGAACACCGAAGAAACUAUCAAUGCCGAUAAUCUGAUGCAGCUUCCAAAUGCGAAGGAGUGGUUAAUAGCUGCCGCAAAAUCGGACUAUCAAUUGUUGGCCAAAUUGUCUACGGAACAUCCCAAUUUGGUUAAACUACAGGAUAUCAGCACGUAUACCGCACUACACUGGGCAGCAAAGCACGGCAAUGAAGACGUGGUGAAGCUGGUUGCCGGUAAACUGAAAGCUGAUGUCAACGCCAGAACGAACGGGGGGUACACGGCUCUUCACAUUGCCACUCAGUUCGGACGGAACGACAUUUUUGAGCUUCUGUGCAACGUUUACAAGGCCGACCGUGACCUGCUCGACUGGAGCGGCAAGAAGGCACUGGAGUACCAGAAACAGAUGACCAGCGUGUCCGAUUCGACAUUCAGCAAAAUCAAGGCACGGAAAAAGCAUUCAGAAAAAGACUCCGGCUUCCUGAGGAUUGGUUCCCUGAACGUGCGGGUGAAGAAAACCACCGAAGCCUUCAGCAACUUUCUGGGGGUGGGCACAAACCAAACGAGACUGCCGCCGACAGCGAUUAGAUCGAGCGCCCCACCGGACACGCUUUUCAUCGACAAACUGCACAAAACCUGGGGCUCGGCCGAUAACAUCCCGAAGGAAGAUUCCGUCAUGCCACCGCCGAAGUAUGGACCAGUUAAGAAACGACGCCAGAAGCGGGACAUCGAGUAUGGUCCUAGCAAUGAUCACUUUAGUCAAAGUAUGCCAACCACACCGAGCCAGAUACGGGCACCGGUUGGUACGCUGUCGGAGAAUCCCGAUGGUGAAUCGAUGGGUGAUUCCGAUUCCGAUACGGCUUGUGGGUUUGACUCGAACUGGCGGCCAACGUACAUUUAAAUGAUUUCUCUUUCGAAUUCUCGUUUAUAUUUUUCUGUACAUUCGUGUGUAAAUGUA